GAUAUCCACAUAACUGGAAUUUACAUUGUUUAUCAACCAAAAAUCUAACCAACCAAAAGUCUACUAAUAAAAUGUUUUCAGUUUUACUAAAACUAUUAUCAGCUUUUCACUAUAUAUAUAAAACUGUAUUUAAACAAUAGUAUAUUACAUAAUACUAGGUAAUAUACCCUAGGUGGGGAACCUGCGGCCUCUGCGAGGUUCUUGUGCGGCCCUUUGCCACCUAGUACAAAAAUGGUAGAGUUCGUUUCAAACAACUAUUGUACAUCAACGCCAUGACAGUUGCACGAAAAAUCCCGCCAAAGACAGUCAUAUUGUAACAUGACGUCAGAAUACUAGUCUGAAACGGACUCUAACACGCAUGAGCGAGGCUCUGGCCCACAGACCAUCCGUUUCAGACUUGGACACUCAAUGUUAAUUUUUUAAACAGUUUUUUAAAAAAUGUUAAUUUUUUAAAAAACUGUUUAAAAAGCGCUAGCAGCGCCAACUACCUUGUCUAAGAAGUAAACAAAACUCGGUUUCAGAUCUCCCAUUUGAGUGUCACACCUUGCUUUGGCUUCUCUGACUCGCAUCUCUCAACGCUUCCCUGUUGCGAUCUUCAGCAAACUGUAGUUAACAGUGAGUGCUUAUAACAGUUACACGGUUUUAUUGUAUUUCUAGAAAGUAUACACUUUGUUAAAGAUAUUAUUUGAUAUUCGUUUUUUUAUCCAUCAUGUCAAAUAGUAAGAGAAGAAAAUUAGGUGAUGAAAACAGAACAUUUAAUGUAGAAUGGGAGUUAGAUUUUUUCUUUACUGCUGAGAAAGAUAAAAUGAUGUGUUUGUUGUGCAAUACAGUUUUAAAUACUUUAAAAAAAGCGAAUGCAAAUAAACACUAUUUGACUCAUAAAGAACAUAAAUAUUUCGCUUUAGAAGGUGAAUCACGAAAAGCUGCACUUCAAAAGUUGAAAAAUGAGAAGCAUCAUCAGCAGGCAUCUUUUAGUGCCUUUGUAAAUCAAAAUUCCGCUGCAGUUGCUGUUACGUAUAAAAUAGCACAUAUACUUGGAAAAAGGGGCAAACCAUUUAGUGACAUUGAAAUAAUUAAAGAAUGUAUUGUUGAAGCAGUGAGUAUGUUAGAUCCAAGAAAUGUCGACAAAUACAAACAAUUACCUCUUUCAAGAAGAACUGUAACAGAUCGACAGCACGAAUUAGCGCAAAAUGUAACAGAGCAACUUCAUACAAUUAUACAAAAUGAAGAUGUUUAUUUUUCAAUUGCUUUAGAUGAAAGCACUGAUAAAACAGAUUCGGCACAAGUUUUAUAUUUUAUUCGUGCUAUAACUAAAGAUUUUCAAUGUUACGAAGAACUACUUGCGUUGGGUACACUAACUGGAAGAACUCGAGGAGCCGAUAUUUUCGAAAACUUCAAAGAAGUAUGUAAUAAAUUACAAUUGAAUGUCAGUAAUUUAGUCAGUGUCUGCACCGAUGGCGCACCUUCCAUGAGAGGCAAAAAAGAAGGAUUCGUUGCUUUGUUAAAAAAGGAAAACUUAAACUUGAAAAAAUUGAUAUCAUUUCACUGCAUUUUGCAUCAGCAAAAUCUUUGCGCAAAAUCUACCAUUUUGCAAGACACUCUGGAUAGAACCAUUGCCAUUGUCAACUAUAUUCGCGUAAAUGCAAUGCGUCAUCGUGAAUUUCGGCAGAUGCUCUCUUUAGAUGAGGAAACGUAUAGUGUUGACCUACCAUACUACUGCAAGGUUCGCUGGCUAUCAACAGGUCAGGUUUUGAUAAAAGUUUUGUCUUUACGACGACAAAUUUUAAACUUUUAUCAAGAACAAGGAAAACAAUGUGAUCUAUCAGAUGAAGUAUUUCUCAGAAACCUUGCAUUUUUGUCUGAUAUGAUGACAAAACAAAACAAUUUAAAUAUUUGCCUGCAAGGUGAAACGAGGUAUAUUUAUGAAAUGUGGCAAAAGAUCCAAGCGUUUAGAAAAAAAUUAUCAUUUUUCAAAACAUUGCUUUGUCGAUCGGAAAUAUCUGCACAACACUUCCCGGAGCUAGCUAAAAUGUUAAAUGAGCAGAACUGUGAAAAUAAAAUAUUCGAUGAAUAUGUAGGUGUCUUGGAUUGUUUAAUAGAAGAGUAUACUAAUAGAUUUUCUGAUUUUGACGAGCACACUCCUGCUAUGAAACUGGCAUUUGAACCACAUUUAAUAGAUAUAUCCGAGGCUCCUGCAGAACUACAAAUGGAGUUAAUUGAUUUAGGGGAAGAUAGUAUCAUCAAAUCCCUUUUUAACGCUAAAAAGGAUCCCAUAGAAAUCUGGAAAAAUGCUGUUGAAUAUCCAUGCCUUCGAGAACAUGCUCGCCGUUUACUUUCCUGCUUCGGAAGUACCUACUGUUGCGAGACAACAUUUUCUCUCAUGUCAAAAAUAAAAACAAAUUUAAGAACGCAAAUUACAGAUGCACAUUUAGAGGAUCAAUUAAAGCUGUGUGUUACGAAGCUUGAUCCAAAUAUACAAUUACUGUCAAACAAAAAACAAAGCCAAAUAAGUCACUAACUUAGUGAAUAAAAAAAUAUUUUUUAUUGUAUUUUUUUAUAUUUUUAUAUUACUUUAUAUGUAUAUUAUAUUUAAAAUUUUGUAGUAUUAUAUUUUUUUCUAUAUAAUGCAAUAAAUUGUUAAAUCUAGAGAAAAACUAUAAUAAUUUCACAAAAGUCACUUUCUUAGGUCAAUCAGCUUAUGCGGCCUCUCUUAUUGCUGCCUAAUUUAAAUGUGGCCUCUAAUGGUAAAAAGGUUCCCCACCUCUGUAAUAUACUGUAAGUAGUGUUAAAAAUUUUUUUAUUAAUUUAUUUCAGUUUGUUUUGUAUAAACUUUAUUAAAUAUAUUUUGUAACAAAUCAAUUUUUAAGUAAUUAAAUCUCCAAUUUUUAUAUUUACAUAC